AUGGCUUCCCAGGAUCUCCAGUGGCUUCUUGUCCGCAACAACUCGAGCUUCAUCGUGAAGCAGAAGGGUCUCGGCCGCAUCUUCUCUCGCGAGCCCCGCAACCUCGUUCAGCUCCACAGCUACAAGUACUCUGGUGUUGUCAACGCCAAGGCUGUCGGCAUCUCGCCCUCCAAGAACGGCAAGGGUCUUGAGAUCACCACCAAGAACGGCAAGCAGGGCACCAACGCCAUCAAGGCCGUGCUCAACACCGCCACCAUCAAGAAGGGUGGUGGACGUCGUGCUUCCGGCCUCGUCUCCAACGUCGUUGCCAAGCGCGGUUACCGCUCUGACCUGACCCGAGCUGCCGUCGUCCGUGGCUCCGCCAUCCUCCGCUCGCAGCGUGGCCGCCGCGAGGCUCCCGUCCGCAAGGCCCGCGGUACUGGCUCGCGCAAGGUCGCCCAGGUCGAGAAGACUGACGAGCCCGUCGUCGCCUAA